AUGGCCAUUCUGGUUGUGCGUAAAGGCAGCAGCGCGCCGUCAAGGUAUGGAGAGCGCUUGUCGCCGGAGAACGUGGAGGAGGUCCGCGCGUUGCUUUUGGUGUGCCUCGAUGGGGUGCCGCACCGCUUCGCCGGGGCCUGGCUGAGCCCCGAGCAGGCGCUCCGGGACGCCGCGGAGCGGCUGCGGUGGUUCCUGGGCGCGGGCGACUUGUCUCUGUUCCGGGCCUCCCUGGCCACGGCGGCGGCCGGGGCGGAGCAGGCGCCCCCCGCGCAGCUGGUGGACAAGGAGCUGGCAGAUGACAGCCCUGGACAGGUGGCGGGGGAGAAAGCAGUGGAGGAGAAGACGAUCUUGAUGCAGGUGCAGAAUGCCUUGCAGAAGACCUUCUCCAAGGACACUCCGGCCGGCGAGAAGGUGUGGGUCUGGAGCUACGAGCCCUCGAACGACCCGCAGCUCUUCAGGGCUGUGGCGGAGGUCCCAGCCCUGGGCCGGCGCUUUCAGGGCGACUGGUGCCGAGGAAAGAAGCUGGCCCAGCGCAAUGCCUGCCUGGCGGUCAAGGCCUUCUUGGACGCGCAUCUCCCAGCUGAGAGCUAG